AUGGAUCGGUACCUCCGAACGUGGAGACAAGAUGCCCUGAACAAGGGUCAACAAGAUGCUGCCAUUUACAUUGGAGACAAGGUGCUUGCCGUGACCAACAAUGAUGCAGACGCUUUCUGGCUGGCCCAGGUUCAUUUUGGAAACAACAACUUUACUCGCGCCCUUGCCCUUCUCUCCCGGAAGGACCUCAUUACCCGAAGCCUGUCAUGUCGAUAUCUGGCUUCCCAUUGUUACAUCAAACAAGGCAGAUAUGAUCAGGCCCUCGACAUCUUGGGCGAAGACAACCCAACUCAUCUCAUAAACACGUCUCAUAAUGCGCGCCGGAAGCUGGCUCAUAUCAACGGCCGUUCUCAGAGAAAUGUCACCCAGAGAGGCACCAAACCACCCCGGGACAGAAUUGAGCUGAGUGAAGAGCGGGAGCGGGACCGUGAGUCCGAGAAGGAACUCAAGUUUCAAGCUGCCAUGUGUUAUCUGCGUGGCCUAUGCUUUGCGAAACGGAAUGCAUUCGAUCGUGCAAGAGACUGCUACAAGGACGCUGUUCGUAUCGACGUUCAGUGCUUUGAGGCUUUUGAUCAGCUCAUGAAGAAUUCUCUCAUGUCUCCUGCCGAGGAGUUGGCCUUUUUGGAAGAGCUGGAUUUUGAUGCGAUCCGCAUAGAGGAUCCGUCAAUGGCCCAGGAGGCCGCUCAUUUUACCAAGUUGCUUUACACCACCCGUCUAUCCAAGUACUCAUCACCGACGACCUUGGCUAACGCUACCGAGACCCUCUCCACUCACUAUAAUCUUGCUUCCAACCCAGAUUUACUCUUGACAAGAGCAGAGACGCUCUAUACGCAAUGUCGAUUCCAUGAAGCCCUAGCUAUAACCACUAACAUUCUCAACUCUCGUGAGACCUCGGAUUCCUCUUCCAACGCAGCCUCUACCGGUACCACUGCUUCUCUCGGUCACAGUCCACGACUUUACCCUCUUCAUCUUGCAGUCCUGUACGAGACUGGUUCUCAUAAUACACUGUUCCAUCUCUCCCACACUCUAUCAACACACGCUCCACAUGAGUCAUACACCUAUCUUGCAAUCGGCACCUACUACUUAUCCACCUUUCGAAUAGCAGAUGCUCGACGCUUCUUUUCAAAAGCAUCCCUGAUGGAUCCACAUUCCGCCCCUGCAUGGAUUGGCUUCGCACAUACUUUUGCUGCCGAGGGCGAACACGACCAAGCCAUUGCCGCCUAUUCAACGGCUGCCAGAUUGUUCCAAGGUAGCCACCUUCCACAACUCUUCCUUGGAAUGCAGCAUCUCGCCUUGAAUAACAUGCAGCUUGCUUGGGAGUAUUGUCUGGCUGCCUUUGAGAUGAGCAGUGGUGCCAUUAAGACCGAAACCGAGGAUGACCUUGGAACCAGGAUUUCAAACAGCAAUAGUAGCAUUGGUGGUGAUCCUUUGGUCCUCAACGAAAUCGGUGUGAUAUUGUAUCAUCAAGCAAACCUUCCAUCCGCAGCCAAGCUCUUUCACAAAUCUCUACAACUGGCUUCAGAUUUGGGCUGCGAUAUGACUGCUUGGGUGGCGACUAGGGCUAAUUUAGCACAUGCGCUGAGGCGGCUUGGGAAAUUUGAAGAGGCUCUGGCAGAGUUUGACGAAUGUCUACGGACAGCUACCGGAGGCGCAGCCCCGGCUGUCGGAUCAUUUGAACCUGGACGAGGCAUGUCAGCAUUUGCUAACUUGAGUCUUGGGGGUUCUGGAAUUGGUCCGACCCCAAGCAGCGCGGCCAGUGGCUACGAUGACCGAAAUUUGAUUGGUAGCAUCCACACCAGUAGAGGUCUUGUAUUACUCAGUAUAGGUGGGCGUACCAGGGAAGCGGUUAUGGCUUUGCAUGAAGCGGUAAGGGUCCUUGGUGGCGAUGCUGGGGGUGGCGCUGUGGCAGGGACACUGCUGAGCCGAGCAAUGGGAUUUUGGGCUGUUGAAGAGGAUCACGACAUCGCCGAGGUUGAUCCCAUGGUGAUACAUGGAUCCGCCUCGUCAAAAACCCGAAAAAGGAAGGGAAAAGAACCUAGCGUCGGCGCUGCCGGCAAUGCUCCUGUGCGAAUGAGCAAUGAACAAAGGGUAGAGCGAGGAAUAGACCAGGCCGGUGAUGAUAUCUUGAAUGCAGCAUUCCGAGCACUGCGAUAA